AAUAGUAAUUUAAAGGAACAUAAAAGAAUACAUACAGGAGAAAAACGUUUCCAUUGUGAAAUAUGUGGGAAAUGUUUUGCCUUAAAUAAUGAUUUAAAGGAACAUAAAAGAACACAUACAGGAGAAAAACCCUUCCACUGUGAAAUAUGUGGGGAAUCAUUUCAUCGUCGCGGUACAUUAACAAGACACAAACUGGUACAUACCAGGGAAAAACGUUACCCUUGUGAAAUAUGUGGGAAAUGUUUUACCUCUAAUAGUAUUUUAAAGGGACAUAAAAGAAUACAUACAGGAGAAAAACCCUUCAGCUGUGAAAUAUGUGGGGAAUCAUUUGGUUCUAGUAGUAUAUUAAGAACACACAAAACUGUACACAGUGGGGAAAAACGUUUCCCUUGUGAAAUAUGUGGGAAACGUUUUAACGCUAAUUUUCAUUUAAAGGGACAUAAAAGAACACAUACAGGAGAAAAACCGUUCCGCUGUGGAAUAUGUGGGAAAUGUUUUGCCACUAAUUGUAAUUUAAAGGGACAUAAAAGAACACAUACAGGAGAAAAACCCUUCCACUGUGAAAUAUGUGGGAAAUGUUUUAUCCAUAAUAGCGUUUUAAAGCAACAUGAAAGAACACAUACAGGAGAAAAACCCUUCCACUGUGGAAUAUGUGGGAAAUGUUUUACCCAUAAUAGUCAUUUAAAGACACAUAAAAGAAUACAUACAGGAGAAAAACCCUUCCACUGUGAAAUAUGUGGGAAAUGUUUUACCUAUAAUAGUGUUUUAAAGCAACAUAAAAGAAUACAUACAGGAGAAAAACCCUUCCACUGUGGAAUAUGUGGGAAAUGUUUUGCCCAUAAUAGUAAUUUAAAGGAACAUGAAAGAACACAUACAGGUGAAAAACGUUUCCAUUGUGAAAUAUGUGGGAAAUGUUUUACCUCUAAUAGUCAUUUAAAGGGACAUAAAAGAAUACACACAGGAGAAAAAACCCUUUCACAGUGAAAUACGUGGAAAAUCAUUCACAUCGUGUGUGAAAUAGAAGAAGAGAUUCAUGAAAGGAAGCUGUGCAGUUGCAUGAGGAUGAGAUUAUAUUGAUUAUGUAGGUCGAGGGUAAUUAAAUUUGGUGCCUAUUUAGUCAAAUGAAAAAGGAGCCCAUGGAAACAAGUAGACAAGGAUGAAAGUAAAUUAUAAUGCAACAUAAGGUAAAUUCAGUAAGGCAUCAACUUUGUUCUUUCCUGUGAAAAAAGUAAUACUUCAUCCUUAUAAAAAGCAAUGUUUGUUUGUUUGUUUGUAAAUUCACUUCUGAAAACACAAAAUAAAAUUGUACACUGGGGAAAAACACCUCAACUGUGAGUUAUGUGGGAAAUGUUUUACCUGUAGUUGUGAUUUACAGACACAUAAAAGAAUAUAUACAGGAGAAAAACCCUUCCACUAUGAAAUAUGUGGGAAAUGUUUUACCACUAAUAGUUAUUUAAAGAAACAUAAAAGAAUACAUACAGGAGAGAAACCCUUCCACUGUGAAAUGUGUGGGGAAUCAUUCUCUGAUCAAUCUCCUUGUGCACACCACAAAAAGGUACACUCUGAAAAAAAGAAUAAUUGUGAAAUAUAUGGCAAAGCAUUUCUUCUUAAAGUUGUGGUUGUAGUUCAUAAACGAAAUCACACUGGCGAAACCAUUCCAAUGGAUUGCACCUAGAAAAUUACCCUCCCAGGCACAAGUCUGAGCAAGGAGACCAGUAGUCACCCAUGUUUACUGGUCUCCCCUCACCAUGCCAC